CAGGCGCGGGUGGUGGUGUGCGGCGGCGGCGUGGUGGGCGCCUCGGUGGCCUACCACCUCGCCAGGCUGGGCUGGACGGACGUGGUGCUGCUGGAGCAGGGCAGGCUGGCUGCUGGUACCACCCGCUUCUGUGCCGGCAUCGUGAGCACGGCCAGGCACGUGUCGAUCGAGCUGAAGAUGGCAGACUACUCCAACAAGCUGUACCAGCAGCUGGAGCAAGAGACGGGCAUACAGACAGGGUACAUGAAGACAGGCUCUAUUUCACUGGCUCAGACUCAGGACCGACUAAUCUCUCUGAAACGCAUUGCUUCAUCGCUGAAUGUAAUGGGGAUCCCGUGUGAAAUUAUCACCCCGAAGCAAGUGGCGCAGCUUCACCCGCUUAUCAACAUCCACGACCUUGUGGGGGCCAUGUAUGUGCCGGAAGAUGCACUCGUGUCCUCUGCCAACGUGAGUCUGGCUCUGGCGACUGCUGCCUCACGGAAUGGUGUCCAGAUUCACGAACGGACGAGCGUCAGUCACGUCUUAAUCCAGAAGGGUCGUGUGACUGGAGUUGAGACCGACCGAGGAAAGAUUCAGUGCCAAUACUUUGUCAACUGUGCUGGCCAGUGGGCCUACGAGUUGGGCCACUCUGGGGACGAACCAGUCAGCAUCCCGCUCCACGCCUGCGAACACUUCUACCUCCUGACACAUCCUUUGAAGGAACCUCUGGCAAGCAGUGUACCAACUAUCGUAGACCCCGAUGGCAGGAUCUACAUCCGCAACUGGCAGGGCGGCAUCCUCUCGGGAGGCUUUGAGAAAAACCCCAAGCCUCUUUUCACGGAGGGACGGAACCAGCUGGAGAUUCAGAACCUCCAGGAAGACUGGGAUCAUUUUGAGCCACUCCUGAGUGCCCUUCUGCGCAGGAUGCCAGAUUUGGAGGCCCUGCAGAUCAUGCAGCUAGUGAACUGCCCGGAGUCCUUCACGCCAGACAUGCGGUGCAUCAUGGGCGAGUCGCCCACGGUGCGGGGCUACUUCGUCCUGGCUGGCAUGAACUCGGCUGGUAUCUCUUAUGGUGGGGGAGCAGGCAAGUACCUGGCAGAGUGGAUGGUAAAUGGUUAUCCAUCAGAAAAUGUCUGGCCUCUGGACUUGAAACGCUUUGGUACUCUUCAGAGCAGUCGCACCUUCCUCCGUCACCGUGUGAUGGAAGUAAUGCCCCUCAUGUGUGAUCUGAAGGUUCCCCGCUGGGACUUCCAGACCGGCAGACAGCUGCGCACCUCCCCGCUCUAUGACCGUCUGGAUGCCCAGGGGGCUAGAUGGAUGGAGAAGCAUGGGUUUGAGAGAGUCAAAUACUUUGUCCCACCUGGGAAAGAUCUGCUGGAUUUGGAUCAGAGCAAAACCUUUUACAAGCCAGACUGGUUUGAUAUCGUGGGUUCAGAAGUCAAGUGCUGUAAGGAAGCAGUUUGUGUCAUUGACAUGUCGUCUUUCACCAAGUUCGAAAUAAGCUCCACGGGAGACCAGGCGCUGGAGAGUCUGCAGUACCUCUUCUCAAAUGACCUGGAUGUGCCAGUUGGACACGUUGUGCAUACCGGCAUGCUUAAUGAGAAAGGAGGUUACGAGAAUGACUGCAGCAUUGCACGGCUGAGCAAACGCAGCUUCUUCAUGAUUUCCCCUACUGACCAGCAAGUCCACUGCUGGGCCUGGCUGAAGAACCGCUUGCCUAACGACAGCAACCUGACCAUGGAAGAUGUGACCUGGAAGUACACAGCUCUGAACCUGAUAGGCCCUCGUGCUGUGGAUGUCUUGUCAGAGUUGUCGUAUGCCCCCAUAACUCCAGAACACUUUCCCUCUCUCUUUUGCAAGGAGAUGAGCGUGGGCUAUGCUAAUGGCAUCCGUGUGAUGAGUAUCACUCACACAGGAGAACCUGGAUUCAUGCUUUAUAUUCCCAUAGAGUACGCCCUUCACGUGUACAACGAGGUGAUGAACAUGGGCCAGAAGUACGGCAUCCGGAAUGCCGGUUACUACGCGCUCCGCAGCCUGCGCAUCGAGAAGUUCUUUGCAUUCUGGGGCCAGGAUCUGGAUGCCUUUACCACUCCUAUGGAGUGUGGACGCGAGUUCCAGGUCAAGCUGGAUAAGGGAAUGCAGUUUGUCGGCCAGGAAGCGCUGCUGGAACAGAAGCAGAACGGCGUGUACAAGCGCUUUACCAUGUUCAUCCUCGAGGACCACGACACGGACAUGGACCUCUGGCCCUGGUGGGGCGAGCCCAUCUUCCGCAACGGCCGCUACGUGGGCAAGACCACCAGCAGCGCCUACAGCUACACGCUGGAGCGCCACGUCUGCCUGGGCUUCGUGCACCACUUCGAUGAGAAGACGGGCGAGGAGCUGGUGGUGACAACUGACUUCAUCAACCAGGGCGAGUACGAGAUCGACAUCGCUGGGCAGCGCUUCCAGGCCAAAGCCAAGCUCUACCCCUUCAGCUCCCUCUUCACGCACCGUCGCCGCAAGGACGAGGUGGAACUGAGCGGCUACCAGAGGGAGUAGAGCUGCGCACAGACCCGCUCCUCUUCCCAGGCUGGAGUCUCCUGCCACCAUCUUCCAGUCCUCUCUCCUCACCCUGCAUAUUUCUUUCUCUUCCUUUCUUGUCUUGCCACUUUUAAACUUUUUCCAGCGUGUUACAUUUUGUAUAUUUUAAAACUUUAACUUUCAAGCUUUCUCAGCCCUGUCUGUCUCCCUCCUUCAGCCCUUCGCUUGCCAGGCUCCCACGUACCACGGUGGGUGGAGGGGAACUCCUUCACGGGAAGGAACUUCCAACACGGGAAGGGUUCAGGAGAGCUCCUGCGGACUGCAGCCCUUCUCUCCCCCUCCGGUGUCAGGCGUGGGACAGCAGGCAUCUGCUCGGAGCUCCUGGCCCCUCGGCUGGAGGCUGGGACUUCCCCUUGCUCCCCACAAACCACUUUGUAGAGGGGUCGGUGCGUUGGCGCGCGCAGCAAUAGUAUGAUCAGCUACCUCACUGGCACAAGGCAAAGCGCCGUGUGAGCAGCAGCAAAUGGACAAGUUUGGGUAUCACCCAGCUUGUUCACCAUUUAUCCACCAUUUUUCCCUACCAGGGAGUCGAGUAGGUUUACCCGUCAGAUCCCUGGGGUGACAGUAGUGCUGGUAAGUUUUCCGUCGUUGUUUGGGUUGGAUUUUUUGCCUGGGGUCGCUGAAGCUGGACGGCCUUGUAUAAAUAUAACCGAAGAGCAGCAUGCGUGUUUUACUUCUGUAAAGGAAUGGGGUUGGGUUUUUUUAUUAGCAAAAAUACUGAUUUCUAACAAGGGCAGUUGUUAGUGUUUAAUGUUGAUAGUACUGUUGAAAUGCUGCUUCUGUUUCAGCUGCACAGUGUACAGUUUCUGUGAAUAUUCCUUCACUUUCAUUUGUGUGUGUGUGACUCCAUCAGGCUCGUCUGGCAGGGUUCACGCAGUGAAGGCGAGUUUCAUGUAAAACCUGUGUUUGUUUGUGGACCUUGAGCAGCAGGAGGGGAUGACAUCUUGUGGCUUGGCUGCCUGCGGUUGUUCCAAAACUAGAGGAAAACCCCAGAGAACUCGUCUCAGCUGUGGGGCUGGGACUACCCUGAGAAACACGGAGAGGUUCUGGUGGUGACAGCACCUCGGCAGCUCCUGUGGGACUCGAGGAAGCUGUCUUCUGUUCUCUCCUCAAAUCUGUUGCACUUCUGUUCGUAGCACCUCACCUGAAGGGAGUGAAAGAGGGAGUUUGAGGGUGUGGAAGUUGGGUUCCGAAUUGCCUCAGGUGGUUCAGGGGCUUCACCCCUUCUUCGGGUGUCAGCGUGCUCUGAUUCAAGCACUGAUGCUGUAAAAAAACGGGGGGUGCUGAGUUGUAUCGCACGGAUUUAUGCCUUUCCCUUCCCACUGUGAGCACAAUCAGAACCGAAGAUGUUCUCUGUUUACUGGAAGGAGACCUGUUGGGUGUUUUCCCUGCCUCUGGCACCCACGUGUUCAUCAUCGUCUUCCUGCUGCUGCUGAUUCCAGCGUCCUUCAGGAGUUUAAUCACAGCCUUGCACUGAGGCCAGCCCUGUCAGCACGGGGAGCACUUUGUAAUCUAGAACCUCAUGGGGCAUUUUCUUUUCCAGUUAACUGGUGAGCAUCAGCAGUGUAAAUAUGAGCUCAAAACCUCUGCAAGUUCUUGCUUUGAGUUUGUUUUCUGCUGCUUUAGUUGCUUUAGGUCGUGUCUUUGCUCGAGUCUUUGGUCUGCCAGCUCGUGAUCGAGAUAUUCUCGGCGCACAAAAGGAACUGGAUGGCCCUAAGGCAAGAAGUGUGAAAGGGAAAAACCUUUACACCUUAAAAACAGGUUGUCAGAGCAAGUUCCCCCAUUCAGGGAGAUGCAGAAGCUGUGAAACAGCGGUGGAGAAUCGGGAUAGGGCAUAGGAUGAAGGGAGAAGGAAGGAUUCAAGCCAGUGGGGUAAUAGAUUGGAUGUAGAUGUCACUUCUUUGAGUGUGCUCUCCUUUGUAAACAGUGAAUUCCUUUGUAGCAUCUGGCCUUGUUAGGGAUUUCAAACUAAACUUGAAAUGGAUGUGCAAAAAUUCACAAGUCUUUGCAGUGUAGUUGGGAUCACGCAGCCGAGAGUGCACAGCGUGGCUGUCGGAGGCAGAGGUUCCCUUGGUCAUCCUUCCCUCCCAAAUCCCCAGGUACCGCUCUCUGAAUUGAAGUUUUGCCUGGCAUAUUAGGAUAAACGGAUGAAAUGAAAGGGUGACAAGACAUCAACAGGUUAACAUCCAGUUCUUUUUUGCGUGGAGAGAUAUCGUGAUCCCACUGUGCCCGUUGUGGAUGUGUGUGCCAAGGAGGACCUCUGCUGUACCGGCACGUUACCUGAAAAUCGUGCACUGGGGCUCUCGAGGAGGAUGCCUGUCUGUCCUCUUGUCCCUCCGAUGGCUUUCUGGGACAUUGCAGUGCCUUCCUUUCCCAGGGAAAGAGGUGCUUUCUGCUCAGUGCUCAGGAUGCGCCUUAGCGCAGCCCUCCUGAUUAGAGUUCGUGUGCCACUUGUCGCUGGAGAGGAAUGAGGCUUCCUCAGGAGAAUGCCGAGUGUUUGGCUGAGGUGGGCUGAAGUACUGAAAGCAGCUGCUGGAGAGUUGUCAGCUAAACCACUCGCUCUGGUGAGUUAUAAUUAGUUCAGAGCGAACCAAAAGGUCAGCAGCGUGUGUCCUCUCGGUGCUGAAGCAUCGCUUCUGUUGCAGCCAGGUUAUAUUCCUUCUUGCGAUUUUUCUUUCCCCCCUGUUUUAUAGGUGCCCAUUAGUUCCUCAGAUAACUUGUGAUAGGGUUUUCUCUUCCCACGGCAGUUCUGACAACAAAAUUGUGUUCUGUGAGCUACUUCUGCCAUUAUGUCUGCUCAGGCUUAUUUUGUGUCUGGAUCUAUCAGUACCAAGAGCAGAGAACAAGAAUAAAUGCGCACCGUGCAGUAGGUGUGGCAGUACUCUGCAGCGUCACCCUGCUGGUGGAGGCUGCUGGCAGUCCUGCGGCUCGCAGCUGCCUGCCCCUGCUCUCCCCGUGACAAAUUCUGUUUCUUUCAUGUCUGAACCCGGAGGCUUCAGCUGCUGCUCGAGAUUUAGUCUGUGCGACUUCUGGCAGGUAUUUCUGGCCUUACCGUGACUCGUCUGUCUUCUCCAGCUUGGGUGGCAGUCAAGGGGACAGCUGGAUGGCAGCUUUUAGGACAGGGCCAGAUGCUGGGGCUGAGCGAGGCGCUCCUAGCGCGCUGCUUUCUUCCAGGGCAUGAAGCAGGGAUGCAAAACUGCUGCCUUCGCCUCAUGGCUGCAAGUACAGUGCUUGAAAAUGAAGAACAAAACCAACUGAAGAGUUACCACCUCUAGUACAACUUGAGAUUAGAAAACUGGACGUCAGACCUUUGGAAGCUGCUGUGACAUGAGCUUAAUACCCAGCAUCCACGGCGCUGAAUGGUGCAGGCUGUAAAAUUACACGCCGUGAUUAAAACUGCCUUAGAACGCUUUCUGCUGAGACAGGUGAUUUGUUUGUGUUCAGCGUGGUAGGACUGUGAGCUGCGGAUGGGAAACACUGAACCAGCACCCUCUUGUGAAGGGGAUGGGGGCCUCGUGCUGGGGCAGGAGCAGGAGGAGCAGCAGCACCGGGAGCAGCAGCAGCAGCAGGAUGGUGUGCGCGCACUGCACAUGGAGGUCAUAGCGGUGUCCGGUCUCCAAGUCUCGCUUCCCCAACGUGAGCAGCCCCGCGGGUUUCCUCCAUCCAGGCACCUUUGCCAAGACCGAGGCUUGAAGGGAGGUUGGCUGGAGUUUGGUAUGAGAAAGGAAUUCAUCUUUUUGGCUGAAAUAAUGUAGGUGGAGCAUAACCUACUUUAGGAUAACCGUGUUACCCUUCAGUGACAACCAUUAAACGUGCCCGUGGUGUGCUCUUGGCACGUGUAGGUGUGCUUUAUCUUCCCCAGAAGGCAAUAUUUGCGUGGGUUUCCUGACAGAGAGUGGUGCAUCCACCCUGCUGUGCAGCGUCCCUGUAGGCCAGGAAGGUGCUGCUUGGCCGAGGAGCGCAGGGAGCACGCGCCAGAGGCAGCGCUUUGUGGGCAGUCCGCUCCAGCUCCGCUCAACGACUUCUCCAGGCGUGCUACGUGGCCUUACCCUUGUGUCCUUGCCUAAGCUCUCAUCGUUCUUAGUCCCCGAGGGGGUGCUGAAACGCUGGAGUAAAACAGGUGUUAGAGGAGAAGGACUUUAUUGUUCAUAUUUGGUGGCCUGAGAUUAAAAUUAAAGCUGCGCAUUCAGAAAUGUUUUAUGUUCCAGGAGCGUGUGCUGUAGUGAUUUUCAUGUCUGUCUUUGCCAGGCUUAAUUCCUCCUCGUCUGCUCUGUGCUGACACCGGUGUCCAGAUCUGAUCGGCCUUGCUGGUGCAGUUGUUGCUCCUCUGUUUGUGGCGAGGAGCAGAAGCCGUGUGCCUGCAUCUCCAGGUCUUGGUGUAAGCCUGGGUUUGGGUUCCCCCUUCCUGUAGCUGCGUUCAAGCUGCCGCAGAUCUCGUUGCUUUCCCCCUAACACCCCCAGCUCGGCGGGUGCCAUAGGACCUCUCGUGCGCAGCGUUCCUCUCUUCACCCUGCCCAGCGCCUCAUUGCCUGAGCCAGCUUUGCUCUAGAUCUGUCUCUUUGCAUCAAUUUAAGCUCUGCAGCUUUUAGGUGGUGGCACCACCCUGCCUCCCGCGGGCUUGUGGCUCUGCUCCGAGCUGCCUUCGCUUUGGGACUACAGCCCCGUCCCCUGCAAGCCUCUUCUUGGGGCCUGGAGAACUCGUUGUGCAGGCAGCUGGACCGAGAGCCAGAUGAGGUGAAAAAUAACACUAUUUUUUAAAAUCAUAUCCUCGAUUUAAUGCAGUGUAGGCUCCAGGUGGAGCCAGGGCAGCGUUAGCUAAGAACCAAGCAGCAGGGCACGGUUCCCAACAUCACUUUUCCCCCCACCGCUUCUCCUUCAGGUGGAGGAAGCCAUGCCCUGGUGGCAGUGGUGGGGAGCGUGUACGGGGUUGCCCAAAACUCUUGUUUCUCCCCGGUGUCUUCCCGCAAGCAGUGGCUAACUGUGGCGGUGCAGCGCUCACCUGGAGCUGGCUGUAGCCUUCCACCACACUUUAACCAAAACGUUUACAUUUUGAGAAGAAAUGUACAAAAACAAAAAAGCAGUUUUCCAUGUUUGGAAAAGAAAUUGCUUGCAAGGGCAGACGCCUUUCUUGUUUCAAAUAGAACACUUUGCUGGUGGAGUCCAGCAAAAACUUCAUCACCUUCGGGUUUGUCUUCCCAAAUGUAUUUAUUGUCAUACUUGACCGGCUUGAUUUUUUUUUUUUAUUAUUUUUGCCCAUGUCGGGAUGCUUUUUUGUUUUAAGCUACCUUUUCCUUAAGUGAUUGUUAGGGCAGGUUGUUUCUUUUAUUGUUGCUGUUGUUUUUAACGUUCAGGCAGGAAAUGGGGCGUGGGGGAGAAGGGAUUAAUGUCACUAGACGACUUCAAGCUGUCUCUGAGAAGCAGUUGAAAAUUUUCUUUGCACUUUACACUUUCCUUAAACGUUGUGAUUGUAGCGAGUGCAUUUGAGGGAGGAAAAAAAAAUCUUUACAUAUUUGUAAAUGCCUUAAGGCUUUUAGGCUAGGUGUUUGUGCACUGCCCGUGCGUGCCGCUUGAUUUCUUGCUGUGCUCGGGGUGCACAGGGCAGGCUGGGAAAGCCUUGGCAGAGCCUCGGCGCGAGUUCCUGUUUCUCCAGAAGUGGAUUUAUUCAGGAUAUUGCUCGUGCUGUAGCAGGUUCGAGGGUUUCUCUGUGCUGGGGACCUCGUGUCUGCUCAGAUGGCCGAGAUUCCUCAUCUCCUGCUCGUCCCAGGGCUGAGCUGCGCUGCUGGCGUCAGGAUGGCUUCUGAGCUGGCGUUGCCUUGGUUCGGGCACCCUGCCUAGUCCGAGCAAGGCGUCUCCGUGAGGAUUGGUGAUUUAUAACAAAAGAGGCUCUGGAGGAUGGUGCUCGUUAAUAUUUAUUGGUUUGUCUGAGCUGGUGACAGCUGACCAUCCCACGCACGUGCUUGACACCGGCUUCUCCCACCAGCAGCGUGGUUACAUGCGAGCCACCAACAACGGAUGCUCCGCUUUGCACGGACAGCAACAAGUCCUGCGUCCUCCAGCCGGCAGAACCUGAGGCAAGUUCACUUCGAGUCCCUGUUUUAACCGAGAAAACACUUUCUAGUGCCUUAUGCUUGUGAAUGUCGUGCAAUGGACAUGGCUGAGGUGGGCCAGGUGAGGUUUCCCUGACCACUGCGCCUGUCACAGGGCAACCAGCAGCUGGAUCGCGGCAGCGCGGCGACUCUUCCAAACCCCUUUGACUGUAGGGCUUGUGAGACAUCACUCUGGGGUCUGCCUCGGUGAGCAGCAGCAGCACCUCCCCUCCCUGGGCUUUGGGCUCGGAGGGGUUUGGGGGAGGCAGAGGGGUUCUGAGGGCUGCACCCAGCUGCGGGGGUAGGGGCGGUGGUUCCCCAGCGCCCACAAAGGGGUGAGCUCGCUGCUCUCCCCCGAGGCCGUGUUAUUAUGUGUGCUGUAUUUAUAUUGUGCUUUACUUCAUUUAAUAUUUUGGUUGGCUUAAACAUCGCUAGGUUUGUAUAUUAAUAAAGAGGCGUUUUAACU